UUCAGGACUUCAGCCGUUUUUGGAUCCCAACAGAGAGCGGCGCUCCUCCGUCCCCAUCGACGCCGGUCGCCGCCCCUCCGACCCCCCUUCCUCCCCGUCCACGCCUAGCUCCGCCCCUUCCUCCCUCCCUCCCUCCUCUGGCGGAAAAGUUCGACAGCGAUGGCGGAGGAGGCGGGAAGGAGGAGGCGCGCGGCGGUGGUUGUGCUGGGCGACAUCGGCCGCAGCCCGCGCAUGCAGUACCACUCCCUCUCCCUCGCCAACCAGGCCGGCAUGGAAGUGGACAUUGUUGCAAACGGAGGAAGUGAUCCCCAUUUAUCACUGAGAGAGAAUCCAUCGAUUCACAUCCACGAGAUGAAAUCAGUGCAGUUAUCAGGAAUUUCAAAGAUAUCUGGUGCCCUGGCGCUGCUACUUAAAGCUGCCAUCCAGUUUAUCCUGCUGAUUUGGUUCCUUUGCUUUAAGAUUCCUCGCCCUGAUGUCUUUGUUGUCCAGAAUCCACCCUCCGUCCCAACAUUGGCUGCUGUAAAACUAGUUAGCUGGCUAAGAGGUGCUAAAUUUAUUGUGGAUUGGCAUAACUUUGGAUAUACGUUACUUGGAUUGUCUCAUGGCAGAAGUCAUGUAAUAGUCAAAGUCUAUUUCUGGUUCGAGAAGCACUUUGGGCGGAUGGCUGAUGGUGCCUUUUGUGUUACGAAAGCAAUGCAACAUGAGCUUGCUCAAAACUGGGGAAUCAAAGCAACAGUUCUAUAUGAUCAUUCUCCUGAAUUUUUCCAUCCUGCUUCCCUGACGGAGAAACAUGAGUUGUUCUGCAGGUUGGGUCGUUCCAUUUGUAGUGCUAUGGGCAGUGCUGAUUGCUUCUCUGUUGAAAAAGAAGUGGAAGACGAGAACACUACUGCUCUUACUAGCAAGAUUGAUGGUGGAGUUUUGUUGAAACCCAAUAGGCCUGCACUUGUUGUGAGCAGCACAAGCUGGACACCAGAUGAGGAUUUCAGCAUACUUUUGGAAGCAGCACUGAUGUACGAUAGACGCGUUGCUGCUACAUUAGGUGAAGAGGAUUCAAUGGAUGAGGGGCAGCUUUGGAUUGAUAUCAAGAAUGGGAAGCAAUUUGAUUACCCAAGAUUACUUUUCAUUAUCACAGGUAAAGGGCCUGAUAGAAAUAAAUAUGAGGAGCAAAUAAAAAGGUUAAAACUCAGACGUGUUGCCUUCCGGACUAUGUGGCUUGCAUCGGAGGACUAUCCUCUAUUGCUAGGAUCAGCUGAUCUAGGCGUUUCGCUGCAUACAUCCUCGUCGGGGCUUGAUCUACCUAUGAAGGUGGUUGAUAUGUUUGGAUGUGGAUUACCAGUUUGCGCCGCUUCAUUCUCCUGCAUCGAGGAGCUUGUGAAAGUAAACAAAAAUGGACUUCUUUUCUCAACAUCUUCGGAGCUCGCAGAUGAACUUAUGAUGCUCUUCAAGGGAUUCCCAGAGGAAUGUGAUACCUUGAAAUCCCUCAAGGACGGCGCCUUGAGUACAGGGUCCUCUUCUAAAUGGUCAAAUGAAUGGGAAACUAAUGCACUUCCUUUGGUGAACCAGGUCAUAGGCUAAAAUACUAAUCAGAUGUGUAAAAGGAUGGUUUUGUUACUGGCCUGAGUAUGUACUGAUUCCAUAGUUUAUAGGUGUAUUGUACACUUGAGUGACCAGAUGUACAUUAGAAGGUUGAGGAGAGGGCAUGUGCAUAUUUCAGUCUGUUUGCACCUGUUGCUGCUAGGAUCAGCUGCUACCAAGGGCAUUGGCGUCGGUCUUUGACAGAACGUACCGCCGAUGCCCUCGGGGGCCUCACCAAGUCAUCAACUGUAAAACUACCUAAAUGCCCAGUUACAUAACAGUAGAGGACACAAAUAAACAUACUAUGACACUGGCAUUGAGACCAACUGUCAGAGAGACAUAUGUACAUGUGGCCAUUCAAAAUUGUAUCAGGGACCCGUUCAGAUCUCCAGCACGAUAUCUGGAGGCACAUAUUAGGUUCUUUGUUAGUUUGUA